AUACAGUUGACUUCCGGUCACGCUGCUUUCGAGCGAAACCUCAGCUGGACCUGAGCUGCCGGUGCUACUGCUACGCAUCUGUAACAAAGCUUCAGCUGAUGUUUGUUGUGCCCGUCAAGAUCUAGGCUAUCUCUACAUCGUUGACAACCAAUAGCUGCAAGUGCUGAUUGCUGCUGGUUGGCUCAGUCCAGAAUCUGGCCUCACAAAUGCGAUGAGCCUAGCUGAAAGUAUCACUGCCAAAAUGGCAUGCCAUGCCCUUUCCAAGGUCGUCGGUCAAGUCGAGAUUGGCACGCAGUGCAGCUUGUCUCUGGCUGACAAGUCUGUUGGGUGCUCCUUCAAAGCAGGAAGUGAGUCUAGGAGCGUGCAGACUACAGAGACUGUGGAGCGGUUAAGGACCACCUCAGGCCUCACAAAUGCGAUGAGCCUAGCUGAAAGUAUCACUGCCAAAAUGGCAUGCCAUGCCCUUUCCAAGGUCGUCGGUCAAGUCGAGAUUGGCACGCAGUGCAGCUUGUCUCUGGCUGACAAGUCUGUUGGGUGCUCCUUCAAAGCAGGAAGUGAGUCUAGGAGCGUGCAGACUACAGAGACUGUGGAGCGGUUAAGGACCACCUCAGCAUCGAGGCCUUCUAUUUCUCCAUCGACUGCCAAAUGUGACAAAUCAAAGAAAGGAUGCCUCCACCGAUGUCACCUAUGUGACUAUGAGACUGAUAAACGAUAUCGUCUGAAAGCACAUGCCAGCGUCCAUACUGGCGAGAAGCCAUUUAAGUGCCCCUCAUGCCCUCAGAGCUUCUCAUUAAAGGAUGCCCUAAACCGUCACCUGUGCAUCCACACGGGUGAGCGGCCAUUUCAAUGCCCUUUAUGCCUUCAGAGCUUCUCACAAAAAGCCCACCUGAAAAGCCACCUGCACACCCACACAGCAUCAAGGCCUUCUGUUCCUUCAUCAAUUGCCAAAUUUGACAACUCAAAGCAAGGAUGCCUCCAUCAAUGUCACCUAUGUGACUAUGAGACUGAUAAACUGUUUCGUCUGGAAGCACAUGCCAGUGUCCAUAUAUAUACUGAAGAGAAGCCAUUUUCGUGCUCUUCUUGCCCUCAGAGCUUCCCCCCAAAAUCCAAACUUAACGUUCACCCGUGCACCGACACGGGUGAGCGGCUAUUUCAUUGUCAUUUAUGCCCCCGGAGCUUCUCACGAAAAGUACACCUGAAAAGCCACCUGCGCUGUCACACUGGUGAGAAGCCAUUUGAAUGCCCUUUAUGCCCUCAGAGCUUCUCACUGAAGACCUACCUGAAGAAGCACCUACGCAUCCACACUGGUGAGAAGCCAUUUCAAUGCCCUUUAUGCCCUCAGAGCUUCUCAAUGAAGACCUACCUGAAGAAGCACCUGCGCAUCCACACUGGUGAGAAGCCAUUUCAAUGCCCUUUAUGCCCUCAGAGCUUCUUACUGAAGAUCUACCUGGAAGAGCACCUGCGCAUCCACACUGGUGAGAAGCCAUUUCAAUGCCCUUCAUGCCUUCGGAGCUUCUCACAAAAUGCCACCCUGAAAGUCCACCUGCGCACCCACACGGGCGAGAAGCCAUUUCAGUGCCCUUCAUGCUCUCAGGGCUUCUCACAAAAGGGCAACCUGGAAUCCCACCUGCGCACCCACACAGGCGAGAAGCCAUUUCAGUGCCCUUCAUGCUCUCGGGGCUUCUCACAAAAGGGCAACCUGGAAUCCCAUUUGCGCACCCACACAGGCGAGAAGCCAUUUCAGUGCCCUUCGUGCUCUCAAAGCUUCUCACAAAAGAGCAACCUUACGAGACACCUGCGAAGACAGCACCAUGAUAAUGUAGGGUAGGUCAACAGCCAUGUUUAACUAGAGUCUGAAUUAAAAAUCUACAGACGUGUAGCAUGCUGCAUAGUGUUCUACUGCAUCUGGUGAAUGUGUCUCCAUGUGCUCUUAAGGGGCCCUGGAACACUUUUUAGAGCGAUAGCUCUACUAUUCCAGGUGCAAACCCAGAAAAUGCCUGGUUCCGUAAAUCUGACCUUCAAGCUCAGCCAAGGUCAAACUGGAACUUAGCCUGCUACUACCAGUGGCUGCUGUGUAUGCCACCUGGGCGCCCAUAUCUUGAAAGCAAUCUGCGAUAUGGAGAAAGUGCGUGGUUGCGCGGGCCUCAUCUUCAAAGUUAUCUGUGAUGUGUACAAAGUGCGCCGAGUGCUGGUGGCUUCGUGUGCGCUGUGCUUAGUUCACAUUGAAGCAAGUUGCAGCAUGAAGGUCGAUUCGCUCGCUGAUGCUGCCGCGCCAGGAAGCAUCUGUGUGUUGUCUUGUGGUGGAGUUGUAGAUGUGGUAAUUGCUGACGGUGCCGAGCAGCGUCGUCCUUUCCCAAAGCAAGCAAAACUGUGCUAUUGCUGAACAAACUUGGUUUCACUGCGUUGAACCACGGCACAUUCUUUUCGGCUCACCAUAUUUGCUCUAGAUCUUUUCUCAGCAUGUCAUAGAACAUAGAGCAAACGAAGUUAUGAAAACUGACCCACACAAAGCCGUUAUAGCUGAGAAAAAAUUCAUAAUGCAAUUUAACCUCAAUGUAAUGAAGCCGGUAAAAUCUGCAGUUGGCUUUGGUAUAUUGCAACUUUCCAAUAUUCGAAAGUAUUCAAUAUUUGUUUCGAUCCCAAAAAUUACUGUUUGCAUUCUCCUAUAAUAUAUGUAUGUUCAUUGUAAUAAUUAUUAUUACGCUACAGAUGUCUGAAUGAUCUGCUUUCUACGUUCUGUGUUCUAAAAAUUUUUUUUUUUAAUUUUGUCUUUUGGUACAUAUGAACUUGUUCUGUUAGACCCAUUCAUGUAUUUGGUGCCUAUGGGCUCUGGUAUACCGUAUUUACUCCAAUCUAACGUGCACUUCUUUCUGACAACAUGGAUCCGAAAAUUGCGUGCGCGUUAGAAUCGAGUACGAUCCUAAAUUUUCAUUACCAUAUCGCCAUCGGCAUUUCAAAAUGGCCACCUUGUACGCGCUUCGAGCCUAGCUGCCGUAGCUUCCUCCAUGUGAUGUGGUACAUGUGCUUAGGCUUUAGUAUACCGUCUAUCUUCCCGUUUUCUGCGUUUGCUCUAUCAACAUGAAGUGUCAAGUUCAUCAUGACGCUGCAUUUAAAAGGAAAGUGAUUAUGUGUGCGGAGAGGGACAGAAAUCAGGCCGCAUCAUGGGUGUUUGGAGAAUCUGAAACUGGCGUGUGGGACUGGCGCAGACAGGAGAGGAUUUUUCCCAGUAAAGCAACACGGAAGGGUUUCAGUGUACCGAAGCAGAGUAUUCUGCGACGAUCCACUUUGGCAAUACGAUCACCUUGGCCCUAUCUUGAAAGCGAUCUGCGAUGGGGAGAAAGUCCGCCGUGCACUGUGUUUCCGGCGCUUAUAGUUCGCGUUGAAGUGAGAGGCGUCUAGCACGAAGGUCACUUCACUCGCUGCUGCUGAGUUUCCGCAAGCCGGCGUUUUGACAGUGAGUGUCCGCAGACAUCCAGUGUGAUGUGAUCAUGUUUGAUAUGCACGCUGACACUAUGCUGGUUAAUUUAGUUAGUAAGCAAAUGUCUACAAGUUUAUACGGCUGAUAAAACUUCGUACAGCUGUCUACUAAUUUGCUAUUGCAAUCGAUGCUACAAUUGAUAAACAAUUUCCUCAC